UAUAAGUGCAAAAAAAUGAGCGGCGAUCCCGCUCAGCCUGCGGCGUCCUGAGAGAGACCUGAGGAAUUCAGCAGGUACCGACAGACACUGAGCGUCUCUCUGUCCUGCCGCAGCGUGGAUGUGGAGCUUGAAAGAGACCCCGGCUGCCCGAGCUCGUCUUGCCCCAUGGAUGGAUUGAAGUGCUCGCUGUCAGUCCGCGCUGAUCUCACGACGGUUCCGCAUCUGGACGAUUAAAUCUGGCGGAAAAUCCAAAACACUUCAGGACAAAGAAAAACUUCUUGCUGCCUAGAAAUCAAGCGUCCGUCGCCCCUUCGUCAUGAGGAGGUCUCUUUCCCUGUCUUGCUGGGUCAGAGCGGUAGGCCUGAUGCUCUGCCUGAGCCAGAGUGCUGUGGCCAUGUUCCUCUCAAACUCCACGCGGCUCGACUCUAUCCUGGACAAUUACAAGGGCGAGGACGGCGAGUGGUGGAGGGCGAGGUCGAGGGCGAAGAGGGCCAUCAGCGAGGAAGACAAGCACCUGAUCCUCGACCUGCACAACAAGCUGCGGGGACAGGUCUACCCUCCGGCCUCCAACAUGGAGUACAUGUUAUGGGAUUACGAGUUGGAGAGGAGCGCGGAGUACUGGGCGCACGCCUGCCGGUGGGAGCACGGGCCGAGCCACAUGCUGACACAAAUAGGCCAAAACCUUGGAACGCACUGGGGCAGAGACAGACCCCCGACCUACCAUGUGCAGGCCUGGUAUGAUGAGGUGAGGUACUACAGUUACCCGUACUCCCAGGAGUGUAAUCCACACUGUCCAUUCAGAUGUUCGGGGCCGGUUUGCACGCACUACACUCAGCUGGUGUGGGCCACCAGCAAUCGCAUUGGCUGUGCCAUCAACACGUGUUACAACAUGAAUGUUUGGGGAAUGAUCUGGACCAAAGCAGUUUAUCUGGUCUGCAACUACUCCCCUCCGGGAAACUGGUGGGGCCACGCGCCAUACAAAUAUGGCACACCUUGUUCUGCUUGUCCAGCCAGCUACGGUGGUGGCUGCCGAAACAACUUAUGCUACAAAGAUGGUGGCGUUGAACGGCGUCCAGCUCCUGAAACGGAGGAAAACAACUACAUUGAACCAGAACCAGUAAGAGACAGAGAGCCCCAACCGAGGGUCCGAACACCAGACCCAUCACCUAAUGCAAACACGGAGGGAAACCAAGUUUCCAGUACAGAGCAGAUGUCCCAACAGGUUGAGUGUGAGACCAAGCUGAGAGAUCAAUGCAAGGGAACAACCUGUAACAGAUAUGAAUGCCCACCUGGUUGCUUUGAGCGGCCUGGGAAAGUAGUCGGGACUUCUUACUACGACAUGCAAUCCAGUGUGUGUGGAGCGGGGCUACACUCUGGGGUCAUUGACAACGACGGGGGAUGGCUGGAUGUGACCCGACUGGGUAGAAAACAUCUAUUCACCAAAUCAUACAAGAAUGGUGUCCAAUCCAUUGGGAAAAAUAGAAGUGCCAAUUCCUUCAAAGUGGAAUCAGUACCUGUAAAAGCAAUAAGAUGCGAUACAACAGUGGCACUUUUCUGUCCUUUCAAGAAACCCGUUCGACACUGUCCCAGGUUUUAUUGCCCCAAGAACUGUUUGCAUGAUAGUGGAGCUCGAGUCUUUGGAACAAAGUACUAUACAGAUAGAUCUAGUAUCUGCAGAGCAGCCAUCCACGCCGGAGUAAUGCGGAGUGAGUCAGGCGGCUACCUUGAUGUGAUGCCAGUGGACACACGGCGGCAGUACAGUGGCAGUUACCAGAACGGGAUCAACUCAGAGAGCUUACUGAGCCCCACAGGAGGAAAAGCCUUCAGAGUUUUUGCAGUCAUCUGAGAAAAAGACCCGAAAGGACGAAGUACCGGCGAUCGUAUCUGAGAAGCCCACCCAGCGUGAAAUUAACAACCGAUAAUUUUGCCCCGGUGUAAAUAACUCAACUUGUCUGACUCAAACACUUGAAGUCCUACAUGCGUUUUUCCUCAAGGAUUGGCUUGUUUCUUAGGUCAUAGAUGAACUGCUUUCCAGUCAGCCUGUGGCGAAGGAUUUUCUAGAAUUAUAGUUUUUCAAAGUCUUCUGGCCUGAACCUUCAGUUAGCCACAGAAUACACGUGUGCCCACAAUGCACUUGUGGCUGCAGUGAUAUCGUGACAUCAUGCUUUUUAACACUUAAAAAUAACUAAUACACACCAUUCCAGUGUGUAAUUUCAGGCAUUAAGGUUAAAGCCUGAUAUCAUUUUUAGUCAGAGCAUUUCAGAGCUCCUCAAGUCUUUUUCUACAUGCAGCAACUACAUAAGGGAAAAAAUGACUCAGCUAGCAUUAAAGUAGGAAGCAUUGUGACACAAGCUUUCUGAAAUUAAACUUUGAGGUAAUCAAAAUGUGCAGAAACACGUACAGUUCCAUUAGAGUAGGACUGGUUUUAGAAACUUUAACUCAGUUCAUGCAUUUCCGAUCACCUCUGGCAUAAAUUAUCUAUUAACAUUGAGGUUUUCAAGAUUUAUUUGAAAUGUUAAUCUUCUAAACAAGAAUCUAAUCCACUCGGUCAACAUUGUGCAUUCAGCCUCUAAUGUAUACACAGAUUCCUCAUUAUUAUUUGGUCACAAGAGUCCGUGGAGAGUUGCAUUGUUUUCUGACUGGACGUUCAACCGCUCCUCUGAUUUAGAUGAGUUUUAGUUGAGUUUUAAAUUGGUCCGUUUCCCGGCACAGACUCAGGAAACUCUAACCGAAAUCCUUCCUAAAUCAGAUGCAACACUCAGGUGUCUAUAAGUCUCAAACAAGAUGAAUUAACCCCUCAGGACCAACAAAAUGCAGAUGCAAAACGGUGUUUUAAACUCUGGAUCAAUCAGAUUAAAUCCAUACUAAAUCCAUAAUCAGCAACAUAAACAAACUAUGCAAGUUGUAUUGAGGAAUAUUUGUCCAAAUAUAAAGUGGGGUGUAUGAAUACAUUUCAGCCUUGCUGGAGAAAAGCUUCAAAUAAAUAAUCAGAAAAUUCAUGUCAGCGUUAAGUAUAUGUAAACUUCUGACUGGGAAAAUAUAUGAACGAAAUACAUGUCAAUUUUAACUUUAGAAGUCCUACUUUUAUUUAUUUCUCUUUAUGUUCAGUUAUUCAUUGUUCACUUAUAACCAAACAGGCCACAGUGAUCGACUGCUGAACGGAAACAUAACAUGGGCUAAAAGGCACAUUGUAUAUUUUGUACAUGGUUUUGUUGUACAUAGUGCUUAACGUGCUUGCUAUUGUCUAUUUCUGUCUACUUUUUUUUUGUUGUUUUUUUGUUUUUUGACUUCAAUCUUUUGGAGGCUGUACAAAAAAAACGUACAAAAUCAUGAUAGUCAAACAACCUGCAUGCAAAGAUAUAUAUUUGCAACAUAUGCAUUUCUUUUCAUAAAUUAAGAAAUCUACUCUACUGUCAGUUGUGUAUAAAAAAUUGUAACAUAUUUGAUGUUUUUUGCUAUAUUUUUUCAGCUUCUGUUUAAUCCUGGCUGGCCAGGAACCUGCAUGGCAGAAUCACAAUUAAAAGAGUUCAAACCUCA